GUCAAAACGAUCGUGUCAUUUAUUAUGUCCGAUAUGUCACAACAAGUUUUUCAAAAUUUCGAAUAUGUCCGGGCAAAAUUUACGUAGUAGGGACGGACCGAAAUCAGCCACGAGUGCGAUACAGAAAAUCAAAAAAAGCGGAGGCGAUCAACUGGAGGCAACUCUCAGAUAUACGGCUCAGCUGGAAAAAGAAAAUAACACCCUUAGGGCCGAACUGCACGAAUUAGCGAUACAAAAUGACACGUUACUGCGUGCUUUAGAUAAGAAUAAGGACGUGUUUGAAAAUGACUUUAAUAAGCUUCAAAACGAAAUAAUGGCCAACGAAAAGGAGCUGAUCGAGAAUAGCAGGAGGUGCGUGCAACAGCAAAAGAAAUACCAAGAGGAGAUUGUAAAACUCAAGCAAGAAAACGAAUCUCUUAUAAACCAAAAAUCCCAUCUAGAACAAGAACUGACGGAAAAGUUUAAAAGUCUAGAAAGCGAGGUGAAACUAUUACAGCUCGAAAACGAGAACUUAAAAGGUAACAAUAAAGAGUUCGAGGACAGAUGUCUCAGGUACAAGUCCAAAUUGAGACAAGCGGUCAAAAUUGUAAACGAACUGAACCAUAUCGUGGCCCAGUACAAAUCGAAACCCGAGAAUGUAUGCGAAACCACUCAGACCGAAAACGUUGUGAUGUACCAUGAAAAACCCACCAUGGUAAACUGGCCGGCCCAGUGCGGAGACGCCAUCAAAACGAAAACGAAUUCAAACACGGAAAACAUGCUUUUGUCCGACAUUUUUUUCAAGCCAAAGUCGUUUAUGGAUAGCGAGAUCGAUUUGUUCGCCGUCAAAUCGAGAAGCAAAAGCUCUUUAAAAAAUAAACCCACUUUACGUUGACUUUAUAUUGUUUAUAGGAACUAAAAAGUUUAUUAAAAAUAUCUUUUAUUUCCUUAA